UGACGGCGGCAGCGGCGGCGGCGACGGCGGCAGCGGCGGGCCCUAACGUCGUGGCGCCAAGCCGAGCGGAGCUGGAUCCCGGGGGAGCGCGGUCUGCUGCAUGUGAUGAAAGUGUCUACUCUCAGGGAAAGCACGGCCAUGGCUUCCCCCCCAGCCCGGGAGAUGGAGGAGGAGCUGGCGCCUGCUGGCUCUGAGCCAGGUGACCCUCGGGCCAAACCCCCAGUCAAGCCCAAGCCUCGAGCCCUGCCCACUAAGCCAGCCCUGCCUGCCAAGCCCAGCCUGCUGGUGCCUGUUGGGCCUCGGCCCCCCCGGGGCCCCCUGGCUGAGCUGCCAUCUGCUCGGAAAAUGAACAUGCUGGCGGGACCCCAGCCCUAUGGUGGCAGCAAGCGUCCCCUUCCCUUUGCACCGAGGCCUACAGCUGAGGCCUCUGCCGGAGGAGAAACCACCCAAGAGGCUGGCAAAGAGGAGGGUGGGAAAGAGGAGCUGCUGCCCCCUUUAACACCUCCAGCUCGAUGUGCUGCCCCUGGGGGCGUGCGGAAGGCCCCUGCCCCCUUCCGUCCAGCCUCAGAGCGGUUUGCAGCUGCCACUGUGGAAGAGAUCCUGGCCAAGAUGGAGCAGCAGCCUCGCAAGGAGGUCCCUGCCAGCCCUGACCGCCUUUGGGGUUCCCGCCUCACCUUUAACCAUGACGGCAGCUCACGCUACGGCCCCAGGACCUACAGUGGUGUGGCCACUGGCCCCAGAGAGGAGGAUGACAAGACCCUCACCAGCGGAUGGUUGCCGGAGGGGCCAGCAAAGCCUGCAGCCGAGGGCCAGGAAGAACACAGCAAGACGGGCGAGGAGAGGAACCCCCCUUCCAGCCCUGCUAUCAACGGAGACUUGGCUAAGCCAGCCAGCUCUGAGCCUGCUACCAACGGGGACUUGGCUAAGCUGGCCAGCUCUGAGCUACCUAGCACUGUUCCUGAGUCCCAGGUCUCCACCCCAAGCCCCACAUCAGAUCGUGGUGGUGCUGCCUACCCAGGCCUUCCCACUUCAGUGUCCAGCCCAGCCCCCGAGUCUCCCCAGCGUCAUUCACCUGAGGAGCACACUCCCAGCCACGCACAGCUUCCAGAUGCCCAGAGUCCUGCAGCUUCUGAAGCAUCUUCCUGCCUCCCUGCAGCUCCAGCCUUCCCUAGCACAGCCCUGCCCAUUGAGGGCUUGUCGUCCCCCCAGCCCAGGGUCUCAGUCGAGGUUGCUCCAGAAGCCCCCGGACCCAAGAACCCUCCCCAGGAGAAGGUCUCUGGACACCAGAGUCCAGAGAAGCCCCCGACGACUUCACCCCAGCUCCCGAUGGAGGGAGGUGAGCUGCUGGAUCUUGCUCGGACGUUUCCCCCUGGGGAGGAGGCAGCAGCCAAGGGCAGCGUGGACCCUCGCCCCAGCAGCCUGGGUCAGCGCCGCUUCUCCGAAGGUGUGCUCCGUCCACCCAGCCAGGACCAGGAGAAGCUAGGGGGCUCUCUGGCUGCCCUGCCCCAAGCCCAGGGAAGCCAGGCAGCCCUGGAUCGUCCCUUUGGGAAUGGGACAGAGUCGAACUGGAGUUUGUCACAGUCCUUUGAGUGGACCUUCCCCACGCGGCCCUCGGGUCUUGGUGUGUGGCGGCUAGACUCGCCCCCUCCCUCCCCCAUUACUGAAGCCAGUGAGGCGGUCGAGGCUGCGGAGGCUGGUGGUUGGACUGUGUCCGGCAGAGAGGCGGCAGGGUCCCAGCAGGACCCAGGGGGCCCAGGAAGGCCUAGUUCCUGGGUGCAGGAGGAAGGUCCCAGUAUCUCUCCAGCCCAGAAGGACAAUGGAGAGAGUCAGCCCCAGGACCCACCUGUUCCCUUUGAGUCCCCAUCUACAAUCGAGUCCCCACCCAGAACAUCCCUCCUGCAAGCCGAGGAGAGAUGUGCAGACCAGGAGCCACUGGCUGGACAGGAGGCCCCCCUCCCCGUGACCACCAGUGAGGCAGCCCUACCCAUCCUGGAGCCAGUCCUGGGGCAGCAGCCACCUGCACCCUCCGACCAGCCCUGCAUCCUCUUUGCCGACAUCUGUGACCCUGGGCAGGCAUUGCCUGCGGAGGAGGAGGCGGUGACCCUAGCCCAGGCUGAAACCACCCAACCCAGGACAGAGGCCCGAAACUCCUGUCGGACUUCCCCGGAACCUGUGGGCCCCGACAGCAGCUCUCGCUGGCUGGAUGAUCUCCUGGCUUCACCACCGCCUAACGCAGGCAGCGCCAGACGGGCAGCUGGAGCCGAGCUGAAGGAGACACGCUCCCCGAGUACCUGUUCAGAGGGACUCCUUGGCUGGGCCCAGAAGGACCUGCAGAGUGAAUUUGGGAUUGCAGCAGACCCCCAUUCCAGCAGCUUCACCUCUUCCGGCUGGUCUCAAGAUGUUCCUCAGGACUAUGGCCUUGGGGGCACGGGUCCUCGAGGGGACCCAGGCCUGGGGGACAGGGAUUGGGCCAGCAAGUACCAGCCAGGAGCUGAGGAGGGGAGCAGUAGGGAGUGGGCCAGCAGGGGUGGCCUUGGUCAGGAGGGGAUAGACGUCCGAACUAGCUCAGAGCCCAGUGAUGCCCUCGGGGGGCUCUCAGCCUAUGAGAGGGUCGUGGGAAAGCCAGCCCAGCUGGGCCCUCAGAGCCAGGAGGCCAGCAUACAGGAAUGGGAGCUUGGAAAGAGGGAUUCCCAGGGCACUUACUCCAACCAGGAUGCUGAGCUCCAAGACCAGGAAUUCGAGAAGAGAGAUUCACUGGGUGCCUUCAGCGGUGGAGAUAGAAGACUCCAGGACUGGGAAUUUGAGAAGAGAGAUUCACUGGGCUCCUACCUCAAUCAGGAUGCAGAGGAGGAGCAAGCCCAGGACUCGGGGGCGAAUGACCACCAUGGUGGCUACAGCAGCCACGACGCUGAGAAACAGGACCGGGAGUUUGAGAAGAGAGACUCCUCGCUUGGUACCUAUGGCGGCCUGGCUGCAGCACAGCAGGACGAGGAGUUUGGGAAGAGCGUGUGGCUGAGGGACUAUAGCAGCAAUGGGGGUGCUGCAGCCUUCGGCGCACAGGACAGAGGCUUUGGAUCUAGAGGCCUGAGCUCUGGGUUCAGCCCCGAGGAAGCCCAUCAGCAGGAUGAGGAGUUUGAGAAGAAGACGCAGAGUGGGGAAGACAGUCUGGGUGAUGCCAGCAGGGAGGCGGGCCUGCCAGAAGAGGCAGAAUCAGGGGGCCUGUUCAGCCCCAGCCUCUCCCAAGUGCAAGAUGGGGCCCUUGGGCAGAGAGACCAGGGCAGCUGGCAGGGCAGUGACUCAAGCCAGGAUGUCGAAGGGCUACAAGAGAGACUGCACAUAGGUGCUCAAAGCCCUGGUGAUGCUGGCCUUGAAGAAGGGGCACUAGGGAAGCCAGGCUGGGACGGGGAGUUCAGCCUUGGAAUUGCCCCACAGCCCGAGGCCGCGUUUAGUCCCAGGCGGCAAGACUGGAGCGGGGACUUGUGCCUUGAAGCCACUGAGAGGAGCUACCAGUUUGGCAUCAUUGGCACCGACAGAAUGAGUGGUGCCGGCCUGAGUCCGUCGAGUAAGAUGGGAGGCGGUCACUUUGUCCCUGCCAAGGAGUCCAUGUCCAGGGCCUUGGACUGGACCGACCAGCUGGGUCUCAGGAACUUGGAAGUGUCGGGCUGUGUGGAGUCUGGGGGCUCGAGCGAGGCCCAAGAGAAUGCCAUGGGACAGAUGGGCUGGUCGGAGAGCCUGAGCUUAAGAGACGGAGACACGGCCAGCCGAUUGGAGACCGGAGGGCCUGAAGAGCCCAGGGGGAUGGGAGUUGGGGAGAAAGACUGGACUUCCGAUGUGGGGAUGAGGAGCAGAGAUUUGGCUGGGCGGGAGGUAGGGGACCGCACCCAGGCCAGAGAGAGUGGUGUGGGGCAGCCCGACUGGUCAGGUGUGGAGGCUGGCGAAUUCCUGAAGUCAAGGGAGCGUGGGGUGGGGCAGGCUGACUGGACCCCCGAUCUGGGGCUGAGAAACAUGGCCCCAGGAGCCAGCUGCAGCCCCCGAGAGCCUAGAGAGCUUGGGGUGGGUCAGGUGGACUGGAGUGAUGAUCUGGGCCUGAGAAAUCUGGAGGUGCCCUGUGACCCCGAGUCUGGAGGGCCUCGGGGCUGUGGAGUGGGGCAGAUGGACUGGGCCCAGGAUCUGGGGCUCCGAACCACGGAGCUCUCUGGGGUCCCGAGGGAAGCUAGGGAACAUGGGGUAGGGGAGGUGGACUCCGGUGGCCUCAGGAACAGUGGCGGUUUGUCGUCUGGCCUGUCGGCUAGAGACCCUUUGGAGGCCCGGGAGCGAGGGGUGGGCGAGACAAGCGGACCAGAGAUCCCCCGGGAAGACAGCACCUCGCCUUCCUCCGAGACCUGUCCCGAAGACCCUGGAGCACAGAAGGGAGAAACCCCGGGCUUUGCAGCCAGCCCCAGGUACCUGGCCCGCUCCCCGCCCUCCGGCUCCCAGGGCCUGCUGGAGGAGAUGCUGGCCACCAGCAGCUCCAAGGCUGCUGCCCGGAGGGAGUCAGCAGCCUCAGACCUCAGGGUCCCCUUAGAGGAGGAAGGAGCCUUAGCAGGUGCCGAUCAAGGGGAGUCCCCGGAGUCUUUGCCUGCCCGGGACCCACUGCCAUCCUGGAGGCCGCAGCCUGAUGGGGAAGCCAGCCGGACGGAAGAGGUCGAUGGCACCUGGGGCUUGGUCAGGGCCAGGCAGGAAGAACAUGGGCCCACUCCAACCCCAACUCCUCGGCGGCCCCCCCAAGGUCCUCCACCCACCUGCCCCAGUCAGGACUUCUCCUUCAUCGAGGACACUGAGGUCCUUGACAGUGCCAUGUAUCGGAGCCGUGCCAACCUGGGUCGCAAGCGUGGGCACCGGGCCCCGGCCAUCCGGCCAGGGGGGACCCUGGGCCUGUCAGAGGCAGCAGACUCGGAUGCACGCCUGUUCCAGGAUUCUACAGAGCCACGGACUUCUCGGGCACCAUCUUCAGAUGAGGAGGUAGUGGAGGAGCCUCAGAGCCGCAGGACACGGAUGUCCUUGGGCCUGAAAGUCAACCUGUUCCCUGGCCUCAGCCCAUCUGCCUUGAAGGCCAAACUGCGCUCCAGGAACCGCUCAGCUGAGGAGGGGGAGCCAGCAGAGAAUAAAUCAAGCCAGAAGGAGUCCUCGGUCCAGCGCUCCAAGUCCUGCAAGGUCCCAGGGCUGGGCAAGCCCCUCGCAUUACCUCCCAAGCCAGAGAAAUCCUCAGGGUCAGAAAGUUCAUCGCCCAACUGGCUGCAAGCCCUGAAGCUGAAGAAGAAGAAAGUCUGAGAGGUCAUUGAGGUCCUUUCUACCUGGCAGUCUCAGGCAGUGCCUGUUCCGGUCGGGGUCCCAUACAAGGCGAUGGCUGGAGCCCCGGCCAGGCCCCAGGCUGCAGCCUCCAUCCUGCCCCACCUCUGAGGAGUUUCUGGGAGGCACAUUUAUGCACUUUGUAUCACCUUCCCAACCCCCACCCCCCCAGCCUGGAUUACAUCUCUAGUGCUUGAAGGUUUUGGUCCUUCCUUUGCUGUUUUGUCCUUCUCUGCUUCCUCUUCCAGCCUCCUUUGGGUUUUCUUUUGAUACCAAUUUAUAGCAUUUUUUAUAAAAGCCUUUGAUUUUUGUAAUGGGCAGAGCCCUACCCAAGUCCCACCCCGUUUUUUCUCCCGUUGCCCCUCCCCCCUCUCUCCCUCCCCCACCCCCCCCCACCCUGCUAGGUGCCCCAUGGAGACCAAUGACAUUUGAAACAAUGAAUAAAGUCUUUUUUUGGGAAUUAGUGCUGCCCAGGUUUGUGGGAUGUGGUUGUAGCCCUCACCCCUCUUUUCAGGCUGCAGUUGGAAAAUGCUAGUUUUAGCCCU